UAGAAACAAACGUACAACAUUACUAAGAUGUGAAAAUGUGAGCGUGAGAUGAAUUCAAAGGUCUCUCUCAUUCAGCACAAGCUGCAGAUCAUCCAUAAUAAUACAAUAAUUUGAAAAGAAAUGGCUAUCAACUUCGGCUUAUGAUCACAAAAUAACAAACUGAAGCCAACUUCGGCUUAUGAUCACAAAAUAACAAACUGAUGCUGUGUUAUGUCGCAGUGUAACAAGACUACGCAAAAGAGGCUUUUUCUUUGUAAAUUCACUUCUUGUCACAAUCUUCUUGAACCUUAUGCUUCUUCGACUGCAUAAGGACCUUGCUCUUGAGUCAGAAAAUUACGGACCUGAGACGAAUACUGAACUGACAUUUCGACCAAGUAAUAGUCUCCAAACGAAUCCUAGAGAAAAUUUUGGUGGUUCUUAAGAGCAUUUUCUCGGUGAGGAUUCACAUAUGUCAAAAAAACAAUGUCAUCUCCAUAAACUUGGGGGAUUCUUGUGGAUCUAAAACGCUCAGAAUGAUCACUUGACUUGGUAUCAGACAUAAUCCACAACGUUUUUGCUUGUCCUAUUCAAGAAACGAGUAACUACUGCCUACCAAGAUCUUGCAGCGUGCCGUGCCUUUCCCGUUUCCCUCAAAACAGCUCCAACAAUAGCUGCUUGCUCAAGACAAUCAUUCUUAUGCAAAGUAUCCAAAAGCACAACGCAUGUUUUGGUAUGGAUAUUUAAUCCUCUUCGACGUGUUUCCUCGAAAAGGGAAAAGGCAUCCAUUGCCCUGUUUCCGCUGCUUAGACCUUCGAUCAUAGCAUUAUAACAAGCAGAGUCUGGAACGCCGCCGUUUGCCUUAAACCGAUCAAACAGCGAACCGGCCUCUGCGAUAUUCCCAGCCUUUGCAAGUCCCGAAAUCAUUGUCGUGUAGGAGAUUGUGCUGGGUUUCAUCCCCUGUUUCUGCAUCUCUUGCCAAAAGACAAAUGCCUUGUUGAAUUUCCUCACUUUGCAAAGACCAUUUAUUAGGAUACCGUAAGUAACUUGGUUUGGCGUGCAUUUGAAUCCCUUCAUCGACUGAAAGCAUACGAGGGCUUCGUUGAUCUCCUCCGCUUUGACCAACGCAUCAAGCAAUGAGUUCCAUGUAUAAACAUUCGGUGUUAAGCCUUUCUGCAUAAGCUCUUCCAAAAUAAGGUAGGCUUCAUCUAUCCUGCCAACUUUCCCAAACCCAUCAAUAAGACUGCUGUAAAUCACCACGUUUAGCUCCUCUUUUCUAUUUGAUUUUGCUUCCUCAAAGAGCAUAUAAGCUUCAUCGAGCCGGUCUAUCUUCGCAAGUCCGUCAAUGACUGAACCAUAUGUGACAACGGUUGGUUCAAAACCAUUUGCCUUCAUUUCCUCCAGCAGCUGGUAAGCUUUGUUAACUUUCCCGCACUUGCAGAAACCGUCAAUGACAAUAUUGUAAGCCUGCGUGUCCAAGACACAGCCUUGCUCUUUCAUGGAAUAAAACAACUCGUAAGUUUCAUUCGCAAAUCCCGAUUUUAUUAGUCCAUGAAUCAAAAUCGAGUAGCUUUUAGCAUCUGGAACAAACCCACGGGCUUUUAUUUCCUCAAACAUCGCCCUUCCCUUCUCCGGUUCUCCAGCCUUAAACAAGCAAUCCAUGUAUGUAUUAAGAAACCGCAAAUCAGGAGAACACUUUUGAUUAAUCAUCUCCUUGUAUAUCUUGUGGCCAUCUUCUUUCCUCCCGUUGUUGAAAAAGUUCCUUAUGAGGGAUGUGUAGACGAUAGAGUUUGUGCGACAAUCAGCAUCCAACAUCUUCUCGUAGAUUUUGUAAGCGUCAUCAACUCUUCCGACCUUCCCUAAGCCAUCUAUGAGCGAGCAAAAUGUAAUCUCAUCUGGUGUACAAACCUUAUAAUCCAUCUCCUCAAAUAUAGCACAAGCUUCAUCAAGCUUUUGUCUUUUACAGAGCCGAUCAACCAUUAUGUUCACGGUCCUAACGUUAGGGAACAGACCAGCCUUCUGCAUAGAAUCGCGUAGCUCAAAAGCACAGUCAAGCUUACCAGCUCUACACAGCAUGUCAAUGAGAAUAUUAUAGGUUGAAAGGUUUGGAGCGGCAUCCUUCUUCAUCUCCUCAAACAAUCUCAAAGCUUCGUCAACUUUUCCCAUUCUCCUCAAGGAUGUGAGAAUGCAGUUAUAUGCGAUCACACUCGGUAUAGACCCCUUUGCUCUUUGUCUCUCUAGGAGACUGUAUGCUUCUUCAAAUUUCCCAGCCGAACCAUAACCCAUAAUCAUCGUGUUGUAAGCAUAAGUGCAAGGGACCCGUCUGUUCUUCUCCAAAUGCUCAAACAUCUCUACAGCUUCGUCUAAUCUGUUGGCCUUGAACAGAACUCCUAUCAUGCUAGUAUAAGUGACUUCAUCAGGCUUCAAACCAUUCGCUUCCAUCUCAUGAAAAAACUUCCAAGCCAUAUCAACUUUGCCCACUUUACCGAAGCAAUCUAUACAUACGUUGUAAAGAACAAUGUCGGCGUCGAGUGAGCUGCUCUUCAUCUCAUCAAGCAAAGAUAAAGCAGAGUCAACUCGGCCCUCUUUGGCAAAUCCCCGAAUCAGUGUCGUAAACAGAUGAACGGUUGGUUCGUAUCCUAACUCCUGCAUCUGCUGAAAGAGUGUCAACAUCGCAUCAGACUGGUUCACUGCCGAGAAAGCACCGAUAAGAGUUGUGUAAGCUGAAAAGGCAGGUCGAAACUUGAACUUCCUCAUCAUCUGCAGAACAUCAAAGCCUUCCCUAAGCUUAUUCGCCUUAACGCAGCUCGAAACCAUCUCGAUACAAGUGGUGACAGACGGGCCAAACCCUGCAACGCUCAUUUCUCCAAGAAUCUGUUCCAAAGCAUCGAAAUUUCUGCACCGAGCCAUCACCGAGAGCAAGGAGUUGUAGGAUUCAGGACAAUGCGCCAUCUCAGUUCUUCUCUCGUACCAACGGAAAUAACCAAUUGCACGGUCAACAUCUCUCAGCCUUCGUAACACCCCAAUGAUCAACUCUGGUUGGGGAUGCAAGUUUAGAGCGGACAGAGCAUUCUCAGAGGAAGGUCCCCAUGGACCACUCUCCAAAACAUUGCAGAUUUCGUUAACAACUUGUCUGUUACCCUCAAAUGUUGUCGGCUUCUCACGAUUUUCGCCAUUAUCAGAGGAAGAUGAUAGAUGCUUACAAAGGGCGAAAACACGAGAAGGCUUUGUAUCCGUGUGAAAUAUAAUUACCUGGUCUUAAUAGCAUCCGCAUCUUUCUGACUUUAGUGUUCCGAGCAACCGAUUAAACUCAAAUUCAACACGAUCGACUGUAAAAGCUUUAACUUUUAAGAAAUUGUGAAGUGAGAAGCCCAGCUUUAACUUCCAGGAGAGGAGUAACGGGUUUAACAAGAAGAAAAACAUAGGUUUAGCCGAAAGGGAACAACUCCUAGAAACCUCUCUCUGGUCUAGAGGGUAAGGAAUCAACAAAAUUGACCUAUCCAUGAUCCAACCAUAACGACCCGGGUCGGGUCGGAUCUGUUUGUAUCGGGUCGGGUCGUCAUGGGAGCGUAGCGAGUCAAAAAAGGCAGUGAUGGAAGCAGAAACGGCAAGAGGUGUGGUAAUGAGAAUUGCUUGGUCCCGAGUUGUGAUGAAAGUCAAAAUCAAUAGGAUUCUGAAUUCCCCAAUUCAGAGCAAUGGAAGGCGUGAGCGGUUACCACAAACCCAGCGCCGGUUGUGAAAACUCCAGUUUCUCGCACUCGCCGAAGGCCAUGGCUCCAGGAAACUACCGUUACCCAGAAGUGAAAACUCCUCUGCCGAGACAAGUCCAUGCUCCUUCUCCGGUCCGAAGGUUCGGUCUCUCUUCUUGCACUAGACAGAUACGGCGGAACCGUAGCCCACGACCACGACAGGAUUCCGGUAAUGCGUUGGGAGAUUUUAUCUCCAGGAACCAUAACAGCUUAAAACGAGAUGCACUUGAUUCGCCUGUGUGCUAUAGAACCGAUAGAGAAGUGAUUGAUGUUGACGAUGAGCUUAGCGAUGUGGAAUUGAUAUCUGAUGACACGAGUACGGAGGCUGAUUUUGUCCAAAACGUGGAUAUGGAUGUGGGAGACGAGGCGGAGAAGGAAAAUGAACUAUCUUUAGAGGAUGACGACCUGGAAUACGGGAGCGUGAUGGUGCACGAUGAGUCCGAAGCUUAUAGUUCACUCGUUUUGAAUCGCUCUCGCCCUGUGACCGAUGUCUCCGGUUUUGAAGCAUACAGAAAGGCUCUAAAGAGUGCUGAGACUCGGACUUCGAAACUGAAAGACAGAGGCUUUGCUGGUUUUUUGAAAGAAAGGUGUCUUGCUUUACUGCGAAGCUUGCGUUCCCUUUGGCUUCAAGAUGAGGAACUAAUAGAGUAUGUACAGCGUGAGCCAUUUCUGCCUCUUUCCAAGGAAGAUGAGAAAGCAGUCAAGCAUGCAUUCUCAGCUAACAAUAUUCAGAACAUCUUGGUUACACAUGAGAAUUCGAACAUUGACAUUACAGGGGAAACCCUGAGGUGCCUCAAACCAGGUCAAUGGUUGAACGAUGAGGUCAUUAAUCUUUAUCUGGUAUUGCUGAAAGAAAGGGAAGCUAGAGAACCAAAGAAGUUUCUAAAAUGUCAUUUUUUCAAUACAUUCUUCUUCACUAAGUUAGUUAAUUCGGGAACUGGAUACAACUACGGUGCAGUCAGAAGAUGGACGUCAAUGAAGAAGUUGGGCUACCAUCUCAUCGACUGUGACAAGAUAUUUAUUCCUAUACACAUGAACAUCCAUUGGACAUUGGCUGUUAUAAAUAUAAAGGACCGGAAAUUCCAGUAUCUCGACUCAUUCAAAGGAAGAGAGCCUAGAAUCCUCGAUACGCUGGCUAGAUACUUUGUCGAUGAAGUUAGGGACAAGAGUGAAGUAGAGGUUGAUGUAAGUCAAUGGAGACAAGAAUUUGUGCAGGACCUUCCUGAGCAGAGAAAUGGAUUCGACUGUGGAAUGUUUAUGCUGAAAUAUUUGGACUUCUACAGCAGAGGUCUGGAUCUUUGUUUCACUCAGGAACAAAUGCCAUAUUUUCGGGUUAGGACAGCGAAGGAGAUUCUGCAGCUGAAAGCUGAGUGAUUCUCAGUAAAAACAUGGAAAACUCUUGAAGAAUAAUAGUUUUGAGAGGUCUCUUCUUCAUGUAGAUAUAAGUGUUGAGAAAGUUAGAUGCACUUGGGUGUUUUUGAUAUGUUUGAUGUACAUACAAAAGAAAAGGGUAACAGAUGUGUUAUCUGAAAGCUUAAUUGUGAUAAUUAAAUUAUGUUUUCAAAAGUCUAUUUUCAAAAGCUAUGUUGCAUGGAAACGGAAAUGGGUACGUGGAAGCGGAACGUUUCGAAACGCAG